UUGUCAGACAACAGACUAAGAAAAACAAAAAUGCUACCUAUAUAAAAACAACGAGUUUUGACAAGAAGAAUAUUCCUUGGUAAAGUUUUAAGAAAGAGAAAUUAUCUCGCUCUGAAUUUGUGCAUCGAAGGCUGUUGUCAGAAUGAAUUCCUUGGUAAUCAUCUUCGCAAUUGCGCUAGUUUACUGCGCUUCUGCUGACAGACAAGUUUACUCUGGGAAAUGGAAACAAGCUAGCCAGACAGGAUACGAUGCCGCAUAUUACCCUUACUACGGUCAGUAUGGAGCUGGAACUGGUAGCUACGGUUAUGACGCGAACUACAAGUACUCUCAAGAUCGCUAUGCCACAUACCCUAUUGAUUCGCAACGAUUUUAUCUUCCUGGAGGUGUAUACAGGCCUCAUGAUUAUGCUGACUCUUUCAAGUAUGGGUACAAGCCAUAUACCUAUGAUACUUCAUAUAAGUACUACGAUAACUCGGCAAAACGCUAUGUGAAGACACCUUAUGACAUUUCUUCUUAUUAACGACUGCGAGUAAGAACACGGAAGAUGUAUUAACAAAAUACAUUCAAGACCGAUCAAAGAACUUACAAAAGAGCCUCAAACCUAGUCAAGACUAAGAAGACUGGAAAAUAAUUCAUUUGAUUUUUUUUAACUUCGCAUUCAAAUAAAACUUUGUUUAAAUAA